AAAAAUACUUCACUGUCAUGUCAUUCAGAGUUCACUAUUCAGGAAUUGUUUUCUUCGCCUUUUGUUGUUGUCUUCUCCUGAAUGAUUGAGAUAUCGGAGCAUUGCGCCUGUCUGAAUCUUUCUUGUAUCUUGAUUGGCCCAAGAGGUUGUCAGCUCAGCCACGCACCAGUGCUGACAACAAUGAGCAGGUAACGAAGGGACACUUUGGCAACAAAGAUGGACUCCUCGAAGGCCACCGUGUCGCUGGGCGAAGCCACUCGCCAGCAGCACAUCGCCGGAGCUGAGAUUCGUGGUGAUAGGUCGGCUGCUGCCGCUGCUGCUACUGUCACAGCAUUGGCUCAGGGAGUGGUGGCCACAUCACAGAGCAGUCGUGCUGGCUCCCAGUCCAGUGGGCUACCCAAGUCCUCGUUUCAUUUGUUCGAGCCCAAGCUGGCAUCUCUUGAUCAUGAGAAAGAGGAAGCAUGGUUGAAGUCAUCCAUGAAGAGUCUGGAGGAGGCACAUCAGAAGUUGUCCAGCAAAAAGAUCAGAUCAUCUCUUGGAUCCUUUCUAUCGGGAGUUGAAGGUAAUGUGGAUGGUGCAGCGUCGGCAGAAGACAAUCUCCGCUCUCUCAUUGAAAAGCCACCAAUUGGAGGUAGACAAUUGGAGCCGCUAAGCAAAUCCGCCCUGCUUGGUUUUCGCUUACGGCCUGGACCGAUACCGGAUGCGUUUCGCAUGAUCCCGGAAGGCAAUCGUAAGAAGGCCAAACGAAAGAAGCACAAGCACCACCAACCGUCCAACCCUCUGGAUGAGAGUGGUGCGGGCGGAACACCGGCUGCUGCAGCGUCAGCAUCGCAUCUCACAGACGGUGGACAGCAAGUUGCGUCAGUGAGUGGCGGUGCUGGUCGGCCCAGUAAGGUCACCACACCCAGUACCCCAUCAACACCUGCCAAGCAAUCGUCGUCUCUAACCGUACCGUUGACUGCAUUUGCCAGUGGCCGAACAACAGCAGCAGCAGGCGGUGGCAUUGGAACUGUUGGAAUGGCGAUACCCGGUCGGUCACCAGUUGCAGGUGGUGCAACAUCCGGUGUUGCCAGCGGAGCAAUGGGCCUAGUUGAUCCCCACUCAGCGCUGGGCUCUUCCGGGGAAAGUUCGGGGCACAAGCACAAAAAGCGGAAACAUGGGGACAGCGAUCGUGAGCAUGAGUCCGACAAGAAGAAGAAGAAAAAGGACAAGAAGAAGAAGAAGGACAAAGACAAAGAUAAAGACAAGAGCAAGAGCUGAUCUGUGAUGGGCUAUCUGUCAUGCACUACGUGUGCACUACCUACCAUGGACUACCUGACUACCUGUGAUAGACCCCUAUGAUGGACUCUCUGUCAUGGACUCCCUGUGAUGCAUGCUCACUGACGUACACCAGCCCCAUCCGUGUGCGUGCUUUGGGGUACGUGUGUGUGUGUGCCUACGUGUGUGUGCAUGUGCCUACGUGUGUGUGUUUGUGUGUGCAUGCGUGUUUGUGCGUGUGUAUGUGUGCGUGCGUUUGUGUGUGUGUGUGCGUGUGUGUGCGUAAUUGAUUUUCUGUCGUUGACGCUACUUACAAGCCAGACGAUUGCAGUUGAUGAGAAAGCAAUCACUCUAGCUUCCCGUUGCCUCAGCCUACGUUUGUAGCAUGUACGUCUUCGGUUUCGGCCGCCUGUUUGUGCGCGCGUCUUUUUCAACAUCUAGUUUUAUCUGCAUUUAACGCAUAUCUCUACUCUAGUUUUAACUUCUUCAUGAACUCGCACCGGUUUACCGUUGCCUUGGUUAUAAUAUCCAUGACUACACUGAUGAUGAUGGCCUCGGUCCACAGGAGCCUGUGUCUCACUGUCAGGCAGACCCUGUAUGCUUG